AUGGCAUCAGGCCACCAGUCGCUCGUAAAGGAAGCAGCUCAGGACGCUGAAGAACUCAACAUCACACUUCAGCUUGAUACCCUAAAUCCCGUGUGUGUUACAGCAGAAGGAAAGGUGGUAACUGCAGCAAGAGCUGGGAAUCUGUUGAAGCAAUCUCAAGAGAAGCAGUUCUUGGAGAUCGCUAAAGACAAAAAGUGGCAAGGAAAGUUAUUCCGUAUCAGAUGGGAAGAUGAGAGCCUUAGCAUAACCAGCUGCUUUGCAUGGUUAAAAGGUUGGGCUACAUGCCCUACAUAUACCAUCGCGGGCAUGUAUGAAUCGUAUGAGCAGUUGUUACCUACGAAGCUCUACACAAAGAAGAAGACGCAAACCUCCACCGACGGCGAAGUCCUAUUCAGGUUAUGUGGGAAGGUAGCGGAGAGCGUUGCACAUGUAUUGGCUGGAUGUUCCUCCCUGGCACAAACCAAGUACCUAUACAGGCAUAAUGCAGCUUUGAAGAUUCUGUUUUUUGAGCUCCUGCAAGAGCAUGGGUUAAUAGAAGAGGUUCCACCAUGGUACUCACCGGUGAUGCCAAAACCAGCCUACCAGAACACCACGAGUGAGGCGUUUUGGGAUAUUCCCAUCUAUGCAGAGCACAACGAAGUUAGAGCAAAUCGGAUCGACGCGCGACUUGUCAGCCACGAGAGGAAAGAAGUCUGCAGAACUGAAAUGAGCUGCCCAUGGCUUGAGAGCAGAGCUAAGAAAGAUGAGGAAAAGACACUCAACUAUGGGCCCAUGAUGUGGGAGCUGAAGCAGAGAUACAAUGGUUACAGGGUUGAACAGUACAACUUAAUAAUUGACGUACUGGGUGGUUACUCUAAACACCUAGAGAAGUCGGUGAGGAAGCUAGUUGGAGCGAGAGCAAGGAGCGUACUUGAGCGAAUGCAGAAGUCGGUCAUCUCAAACACUUUAAACAUUGCCAGAACAUUUAAGAUAAAUACUUAG